GCUGUAACGUAGAUAAUUCACCGGAAACUCGUCUAACAAACACAAAAGACUACAUCGCUGAGUGGUAGCCAUUAGCAUUGAGGAAAUCCAGACGACACGCAGUGGAAAUAUUUCUAACAAAACGGGCUGUCUGCGGUGCUUCCUCUAUAGAAAGAGUCCCAUUUGAGCUGUUUGUAAAAUGGGCAGGAGCAGGAGCCGAAGUCCACCGAGACGAGAGAGAAGACGUUCCCGCUCAACGUCCCGGGACCGCGAGCGAAGGCGAAGGGAGAGGGAGCGAUCUCGUUCCCGAGAUCGGGACAGAGAGAGGCGCAGAAGCCGUUCGCGGUCUCCUCACAGGAGGCGUUCAAGGUCUCCGGGUCGACGUAAUCGCUCCUCCUCCCUCUCUCCGACGAGACAAAAAGAUAAAGAUGCCAAGGAAAAGGCAGCAAAGUCCAUUCAGAUUUCAGAGGAGGACAUGCAGGGGAAAACAGAGGAGGAAAUUGAGAUGAUGAAACAGAUGGGAUUUGGUUCCUUCGAUACAACUAAGGGGAAGAAAACAGAUGGAUCAGUGAAUGCAUAUGCUAUCAAUGUGUCCAUGAAGAGAAAAUACAGGCAGUAUAUGAACAGAAAAGGUGGAUUCAACAGACCACUGGACUUCAUCGCCUGAAAGCAUCAGCAGCUCAGUGCAACAACCAAGACGAAGCGUACCUCUGUCCUCCCCUCACAGUGGCUGAGAUUUGUGCUGUAACCUAUUAUUUCUCACUUUGCGUGGCGCAACAAUUCUCUACAAGCCUUUUCACCAGUAAACACAUAUGUAAAUAAUAGUGCUGAGCUGAGUAGCAAGAAGACACAAUGUACGGAGCUUUAUUUUGUUGAAGUGUUUGUUCUAUUUGAAAUAAAAGCGUUUUAAGGUGUUGCA